GCUGUGCAAGAGGAGCAGAGGGGGAGGAGAGAGAAAUCGUUGACUUCCUGUUUUCUGAAGGCAUCCGAAUAUAUAUAACAUACAGGAAGAUGUGCAGCGGAUACACGCCCGAAUUAAAUUCUCACUGAGCCCUCCUGCAAAUGCGGAUAGUUUCCAGGAUUUCCAGCAGCGUCUGCAUCCCAGCAUCCCCUCACCCCCACCCCCACUGGAUCCCAGGACCGCUCUCCGCUCUCCGGCUGGAUCUAGUGGCUCACCAACCGGUCAGGGACGCCAUCGAGCCCCGGGCCCCGACCUUACGAUCUGCAUCAUAGAGGCAUCGUUCUGCGUCGGGGGUUUUGUGUCUGCAACAAGCAGAUUUGUGAAGGGGUUUUAACAUCUGUGUUCACAUCUGCAGCAGUUCGGAUGAGUCGCUUCAGGUGACCGCGAUAUGGCAGUGCUGAAACUCGUAGAUCAGCCGGCUCUCGUCCAAGCCAUCUUCAAUGGAGACCCUGAGGAGAUCCGCAUGCUCAUCUACAAAUCAGAGGACAUCAACGCAGUGGACACAGACAAGCGUACUCCUCUCCAUGCAGCAGCUUUCCUCGGCGAUGCAGAGAUUAUUGAGCUCCUCAUCCUCUCUGGAGCUCGAGUCAAUGCCAAAGACAACAUGUGGCUCACUCCUCUUCACAGGGCCGUGGCGUCACGGAGCGAGGAGGCAGUGCGUGUGCUGAUCCGUCACUCGGCCGACGUGAACGCACGUGACAAGAACUGGCAGACGCCGCUUCACGUGGCAGCCGCCAAUAAGGCUUUGCGUUGUGCUGAGCUCUUAAUCCCACUGUUGAGCAGUGUAAAUGUAUCAGACCGUGGUGGCCGAACCGCUCUGCACCAUGCGGCCCUCAACGGACACACCCAGAUGGUCAAUCUGCUACUGGCGAAGGGGGCCAAUAUUAAUGCCUUCGACAAGAAAGACAGCCGUGCACUUCACUGGGCGGCGUAUAUGGGUCACUUAGAGGUGGUGUGUCUGCUGGUGGAGCAGGGAGCAGAAGUCAGCUGUAAGGACAAGAGAGGUUACACACCUCUUCACGCUGCCGCCUCUAAUGGACAGAUCGCUGUGGUUAAACACCUGCUCAGCCUGUCUGUAGAGAUAGAUGAAGCCAAUGCGUUUGGGAACACGGCUCUACACGUAGCAUGCUUUAAUGGUCAGGAUGCUGUGGUGAGUGAGCUAAUUGACCAUGGUGCUAAUGUGAGUCAGCCUAACAAUAAAGGCUUCACCCCUCUCCACUUUGCCGCUGCUUCCACACACGGUGCACUCUGUCUUGAGUUCCUGGUCAACAAUGGAGCUGACGUCAACGUGCAGAGCCGAGACGGGAAGAGUCCCCUGCAUAUGACGGCAGUGCAUGGUCGCUUCACUCGCUCCCAGACUCUCAUUCAAAAUGGUGGAGAGAUAGACUGUGUGGAUAAGGAUGGAAACACUCCAUUACACAUUGCUGCUCGUUAUGGUCAUGAACUCCUCAUCAACACCUUAAUCACCAGCGGCGCCGACUGCACCAGAAGAGGAAUUCAUGGGAUGUUUCCUCUGCACCUGGCAGCUGUAAAUGCUCAUGCUGACUGCUGCCGGAAACUUCUCUCUUCAGGACGGAGAUAUAGCAUAAUCUGCACUCUCAGUAAUGACUCGGUCCUGUGUGCAGGCUUCCAGAUCGACACCCCGGACAGCCUGGGCAGGACUUGUCUCCAUGCAGCUGCUGCUGGAGGCAAUGUGGAGUGCGUGAAGCUGUUGCUCAGUAGUGGAGCAGACCACAACCGCACAGACAAACAUGGCAGGACUCCCCUACACUAUGCAUCCGCGAGUCGUCAUUUUCAGUGCUUAGAGACUCUGGUGUCCUGCGGUACCUGUAUUAAUGUCACUGACCAGUGGGGGCGCUCUGCACUGCACUACGCUGCUGCCUCUGACUUGGACAGGAGGCGACGUGUAGCCCUGGAGCCAGAGAGUCCUGGAGUGCAAGCAGAGAAAGAAAAGGAGGCAGCUUUGUGCCUUGAGUUCUUGUUGAAGAGUGGUGCCACUGCCUCGCUGAAGGACAAGCAGGGGUACAGCGCUGUCCACUAUGCUGCUGCCUAUGGCCAUCGACGCUGCCUGGAGCUGCUUCUGGAAUGCGAGGAGCGAAAUCAGAAAGAAGACAAGAACUGCAGCGCCCGGAGUCCACUACAUCUAGCCGCGUACCAUGGCCAUGCGCAGGCUCUGGAGGUGCUGGUGCAGGGCCAAUGCGAUGUGGAUCAGGGAGAUGAAGUGGGCCGCACUGCUCUCGCCUUCGCUGCCCUCCGGGGUCACACUGACUGUGCAUUGACGCUGCUGAACCACGGAGCAUCGCCACGCUGCAAAGACACGGUCCGCAGACGCAUGCCCAUCCAUCUCGCAGUGAUGAAUGGCCAUACACCAUGUGUGCGCCUCCUGCUGGAAGACUCGGACAGCAGCGAUCUGGUGGAUGCAGCUGAUUCUCAGGGACAGACUCCUCUGAUGCUGGCUGUGCUGGGGGGUCAUGUGGACGCUGUGUCUCUGCUGUUAGAGCGUGAAGCUAAUGUAGACGCAGCAGAUAAACAAGGACAGACUGCACUUCAUUUAGGGCUGCUGUGUGGUCAGGAAGAGUGUGUGCAGUGUCUAUUGGAGCAGGAGGCGUCUGUGUUGGUGGGUGACCGUAGGGGGCGAUCAGCGCUCCACAUAGCUGCAGCGCGGGGUCAUGCGUCCUGCCUCAGUGAACUGCUGACUUUGACCUGUGCAGAGUCAUCCCUUCCUCCUCUGAGAGAUUGCCAUGGAUUCACACCCCUACACUGGGCCUGCUACAAUGGUCAUGAGAACUGUGUGGAGGUGCUGCUGGAGCAGAAAGGUUGUCGAUGCUUUGAUGGGAACCCCUUCACCCCUCUGCACUGUGCUGUAAUAAAUGACCAGGAGCCGUGUGCUACUCUUCUCCUGGAUGCAUUGGGCUCAGAGAUAGUAACUUGCAAGGACUCUAAGGACAGGACUCCUCUACAUGCAGCUGCUUUUGCUGGCCAUGUGGACUGUGUUCAGCUGCUCCUUGCCCAUGAUGCUCCUGUGGAUCUUGUGGACCAAUCUGGGCGCAGUGCGCUCAUGAUGGCGGCAGAGAGGGGGGCAAUCGGUGCCGUAGAGGCUCUUCUGACCAAUGCGAACGCAGACAUCACUUUGAGAGACCAAAAAGGCAACACUGCGCUGCACCUCGCUUGCAGCAGUGGAAAAGAAGAAUGUGCUUUGUUCAUUUUGGAGAAACUUCCAGAUGCUACCCUUGUCAACGCCACUAAUGCUGCGCUCCAGACUCCUCUACACCUUGCAGCUCGCAGUGGGCUGAAGCAGACAGUGCAGGAGCUGUUGUCUCGUGGAGCCAGCGUGCAGCUCUUGGAUGAGAACGGUCUCACUCCUGCUCUGGCUUGUGCUCCUAGUAAGGAGGUUGCUGAGUGCCUGGCUCUCAUUCUGGCUACCAUGAUGCCUUUUUGCUCCCCUUGCAGCUCAGACGCUCCCUCUCCAGGCACCCUGUUGAGAUCUCUUCCUGCCAAAGCCGAGGGCCCUCAGACUCCACACAGCCCCAGAGAGCCUUCCGGCCCGUCCAGCGAGGGCACGGCCACCGAGAACGACUCCGACUCUGAGACCUUUUGAACUCUGGCCUUUCUGGAGACCCUUAUCCACCUUCCACCUCUACAGUUCUCACAGCACUUAAACGCUCUGACCUCCCAGAAGCUGUACGAAUAUUCUCUGUUUCCAAACGUGGAGGAAAUAGAUAUUUAUGAAGGCUGGUCUAUGCUUCACGUAGCCACAUGAUUUUAAAGGGUGAUGGAGAGCAGAUUCAUCCAUCAUUCAUCUAAUUAUUGACGAUCUAGAUCUUAUUGAAGGAGACUCAAAUUAGAGCAUUAUUGCUACUAUAUAUACAUAAUAUUUAAGAGCUCCUUGGCUUGAAAAGCAUAGAUCAGCCUUCACAAGAACACCGGUACACUUCCUGUGUAAUUCUGAUUACACAGUGACUUUUUAAAGCCAUUUUUGAAUUCUUUUUAUUUACCUGAUCUAUAUAGAAGUUUUUUUGUUUUUUUUUACGUUUAACGGAUCAAUUUGCCAAAUAUCGACUCUGCAUUGCCGCACUUAGGGUACGCUGUGUGUAGUGUGGCUUAAAGCAUCUUGUGCAAGCACAAACCCCAGACAAGCACAAUGUCAAGUUGCAUAUGUUGUUACUAAACAGUUGUUCCAGGGUUAUUUUAGUUUGGAUCAAGGACCAAGGACAUGGUUUGAAGGCAAACAGGGAACCGCAAACCACUGCCACAGACUGUUUGGUAUUAAGUGUGUUUAAAUAUUUGAAAUAA